AACAUUUUAGUCUAAAAAUGAGGCUUGAAAAUAAAAAUGAAACUCACCCUUUACUUAGGUUCAAUGUUGGAGUGUUUUCCGGCAAUGAAAAUCACCAUUAUAUCACAAAUCAUUAAAGUGAGAUGAUGAUUGAUUAUGAGUGUUCAACUUCAACUAUAAAUGCUUCAUUUGUGUCAAAAUAGUUACACCUUCAUAUCUCUAUCUCUUCUUUCACUUCCUUUUCACACACUCACUCAUUCACCUUCAAAAACUCAUGUCAACACUUAACCAUCUUUUUGAUCUUCCAGAACAGAUAUGUUAUGUACAAUGUGGAUUUUGUACCACCAUUUUAAUGGUAAGUGUUCCAUGCAGCAGUUUAUCAAUGGUGGUUACAGUAAGAUGUGGUCACUGCACAAGCCUCUUAUCUGUUAAUAUGAUGAAAGCUUCUUUUGUCCCUUUUCACCUUUUAGCAUCUCUUACUCAUCUUGAGCCAAAAGAAAGUAGUCAAGAAGAAGAUGCAAACAAGUGUUUGAACAGUAAUAGUGCAUCCAUGAUGACAUAUUCUGAUUGUGAGGAAGAUGAUGUAAUUCCAAUUAGCAAUGUAGUGAAUAAACCACCAGAGAAGAGACAAAGAACACCAUCAGCUUAUAACCGCUUCAUCAAAGAUGAGAUUAAAAGGCUAAAGGCUCAAAACCCUGAUAUGGCUCACAAGGAAGCUUUUAGCACAGCAGCAAAAAAUUGGGCCAAUUGCCCCCCAACUCAAUGCAAAGGAGAUGAAGAGAACUGUAGCCAGACUGAUCAACUUGUGGAUCUUGACUCCCAAGUGGACCCUCAUGAUGUUGAGGUGAAUGAAGAAGAACAAGGUUUCCGUGGAAGAAAGGUAGCAAGAAAUUCUAUCUUGGAAAGGACACCAUUUCAGUGAAUAUAUGACAAGAAAUUAUUAAGAAAGCUGCUACUAAACAUUAAAGAUGCAUGCGUCUAAUGAAGUCAUUUUCCUUCUGAAAAAAUAAGAAGAAGAUGCUCUUGGUAAUGAAAAAUUAAUUAAGUAGGGUGUACAAGAGAUGACAAUUUGUGACUUUAGAAUGUGUUUAUUAAUUAAUAAUUCACACUUUUAUAUCUCA